AUGGCGGCCUGUAAUUCCACUUCUCCUUCUUCCCUAAUUCCUAGGAGAUCAGGUGAUUGGGUAUUGCUUAAUUAUCCGAGACGAGCGAGGCACCAUGUGAUCGUCGCUGCUCUCGCCGCCGCCGUCAGUGUCGCCGAGGUGGACGCCGAGGAAAACGAAGGGGUCGUUGCGCCUAAACCUAAGAAGGGAAAAGCCGCGUUGCCCCUUGAAAGAGAUAGACUUAGAAAUGGAGGAAUUUAUUGUGUGAUAUGUCAGAGGAGAUCUAGGAGAUUCUUGGAAAUUCAAAAACCGAGGGAAAACAAAAAGGAGUAUGACCUCCAAACAGCAAUAUCUCUGAUCCCUUUACUGUUAAGAGAAGUUAUAAAGAAUGUGCAUAUCAUGAGGUUACUUUAUUUGAAUGCUCUUAUACAGAAUGAACAUACAGGUGAGAAAUUUGAUGAAGCAAAGAAUGCUGGAGCUGAUUUGGUUGGUGGGGAGGACUUAAUAGAACAGCUAAAAGGAGGAUUUAUGAACUUCGACCAAUUGAUUGCUUCACCAGACAUGAUGCCUAAGGUUGCUAGCCUCGGGAAGCUCCUAGGGCCUCGAGGACUCAUGCCGAAUCCAAAAGACGGUACUGUAUCAACCAAUUUGCCUCAGGCAAUAGCAGAAUUCAAGCAGGGGAAAGUUGAGUACAGAGCAGAUAAAACUGGUAUAGUUCAAUUACCAUUUGGAAAACCCGACUUCAGCAAAGAGGACCUUCUUAUAAACUUGCUGGCUGCCAUAAAAUCAGUAGAAACCGAUAAGCCAUCAGGUGCAAAAGGUGUAUACUGGAAAAGCGCUCACAUAUGCUCGUCGAUGGGGCCUUCAAUUCGGUUAAAUAUAAGGGAGAUGUUAGAUUUCGAACUUCUCUCGAGCGCUUGACGAAUAACAGACCUGUACUGUUCUUAUGUUUGUUGAAUAUCCACUGGAAGAUAAUGGUGCCCAUAUGUGAGAAACAUUGAAAAGAGGAUGAUAGAAGAAGCUAUGAAGAAGAGUAAGGAGAUAUCCGAUAGUUAUUGCCUACACAGAAACAAGCAUACUGCAUAGUUUUCUCUACCGACUCACUUUGUAUUAAUGGUGUUAGGUUCUUAUGGAUCUACCACGCUUUGAUUGACCUCUUGCCAAGGGGAAAAAAAAAAGAUAAAUGUACUCAACUGUAUUGACCAGCUGCUGCUCUUUAAUUUGGGACAUUUUGAAAGUGGUUGGUUCUUGUGGGUUCGUCGCAAAGGAGCGUUUGGUAUGCAAAUACGUUCUGUUGAUUUAACUUUCA